UUGAAGUUGUGGAUUUGAGACUGAAGAGAGAGAGAGAGAGAGAGAGAGAUAAUGGAAGGAAGAAGAAUAUCAGCAAGAUAUAGCAGCAGAAGAAUAGUUGCAAGCAAAGGUGGAAGAAGAAGAAGAGCUUCCAGCAAUGGCAGUGUUAACCAUAACAGCAUCGUCAAGAAGCUCCAAUCCCGCGAGAUUUGUCCCAAGCCCCACCGUGCAUUCGCAACAACCACUGCACACCAGAGAUUCAGCACCAUGCGCUUGGUUCAAGAGUAUGACACUCAUGAUCGUAAACCUUCUUCUACCAAUUCUUCUUCUUCUUCUUCUCCUUCUUCCAUUUUGCCCUUCUUCAUGAAAAGAAGCAAGCUUGUUGAGAUCGUUGCUGCUAAGAACUUGGUCUUUGCGCUUUGCCAUUCUGGUCUUUGUGCUGCUUUUAGUAGAGAUACAAAUGAAAGGGUUUGCUUUUUGAAUGUGUCCCCUGAUGAAGUAAUUCGAAGUCUCUUCUAUAAUAAGAACAAUGACUCACUUAUUACAGUGUCCGUUUAUGCUUCCGAAAACUUCAGCUCCUUAAAAUGCAGAUCCACUGGGAUUGAAUACAUACGAAGGGGUAGGCCAGAUGAUGGGUUUCCUCUCUUUGAGUCCGAGUCCUUGAAAUGGCCCGGUUUUGUAGAGUUUGACGAUGUUAACGGAAAGGUCCUAACUUACUCUGCACAGGAUAGUGUAUACAAGGUCUUUGAUCUUAAAAACUAUACAUUGUUAUACUCCAUCUCAGAUAGGCAUGUUCAAGAAAUCAAGAUCAGCCCUGGUAUCAUGUUAUUAAUUUUCAAUAGAUCCAGCGGCCAUAUUCCCCUUCAGAUUCUGUCCAUCGAAGAUGGCACAGUCCUCAAAUCAUUCAAUCAUCUACUUCAUCGGAAUAAAAAGGUGGAUUUCAUAGAGCAAUUCAAUGAAAAGCUUCUGGUCAAGCAAGAAAAUGAGAACCUUCAGAUUCUUGAUGUUCGAAAUGCUGAACUGACAGAGAUAAGCAGAACUGAGUUCAUGACUCCAUCAGCAUUUAUCUUCCUAUAUGAGAAUCAAUUGUUCCUUACUUUCAGAAACCGAACAGUUUCUGUGUGGAACUUUCGCGGAGAACUUGUUACGUCAUUUGAGGAUCACCUGUUAUGGCAUCCUGAUUGCAAUACAAAUAACAUAUACAUAACAAGUGAUCAAGAUCUGAUCAUAUCUUAUUGCAGGGCUGAUUCCGAUGUUCAAUGGUUGGAAGGAAAUGCUGCUGGCUCCAUUAAUGUCAGCAAUAUCUUGACCGGGAAAUGUCUCGCUAAAAUUAAUGCGUCGAACAGCAGCACCAAAUCAGAUGAGUGUAGUGGAACCAGUUGCAGUUGUCGGCGCAAUCAUUCAUCUCAAAUAAGGAGCACUGUGGCGGAGGCUUUGGAGGACAUAACUGCCCUCUUUUACGAUGAAGAUCGAAAUGAGAUAUAUACCGAUCAAGGAACCCCAUGUUCCGCAUUUUGUGCUUUUGAGCUGUGAUUUGAUAGCUGGGGAAGAACACACACAGAAAGACAAAAUUUAUGUAGGAAAAUUGUACCUAUCUCCAACUUCAAGCACAUUUUUGUGUCUCUUUAUCUCUGUACCUCUGUCCAGUCCUAGCUACCGAGCUCAACGUUUAUGAUGGGAUUGUUACAGGCAAUGUACCAUUUGUUCAUGUGUUGUUAAGUAGCAAUAGGUGAUAUGCAUAGGACCAGUUGGAGUGAAUUAGUUACUUGAGUAACAAAAAAAAAAUGAUACAUAUUAUAUAUUUUUUACUUUGAUUUUAGGUUCAAAGGGUUUUGGGUGUAUAGUGCAAUGAAUAUUUUAGGUCUAUGAGACAGAUGAGACAUUGUACUUGUAUUCUAAUGAUUUCUUGGAAUUCAAAGGUGGUAACUGUGUGUGUUGAAAAGGCACAUUACAUGUGUUUUUGCCUCAUGAGUUGAAGACAUGAACAUGUGAACAAUAGUUGUAGUGCUAUUCUAAGUUUUGCAUGCAUCUACACCUUUUUCAUUUUCAUGCUAACUCAGGAAA